AUGAGCCAGCCUCGGUCUGGAUGCAACACGUGGUUAGAGGAUAUGAUCAACUCCAUUUCACCUGGUGAAGAUCAUAACAUGGGCUCUGCAGAUGACGAGGACUUCACUGGACUUCCUUGUGAUGUUUCUUAUGAUCUGGGACUUGGAGGCAAGGAAAAUUUUCAUUAUUUCGGUGCAGGAGGAGAGGACAUCCCUGAUGGAAAUAAAGUGCAUGCUGCAUGGCUCUUACAUUCGGGCCUAAGCAUGGGGAAGAUCGACUCUUUUCUAUCACUCGAAAUGAUCAAGGAUUUACCCUUGUCAUUCCGCUCCACCAGAGAACUAUGCAGUCAAGCUGAGAUGCUGCCCAGUGGUCCAUGCUGGAAGUCUCAAGUCAUUCAUACAUCGCAUCCUACAAAGUCACCAGUCAUUCUGUACUGGCGUGACCCUAUUGAAUGUAUCGCCAGCAUCUUCAAUCACCCACUGUUUCACCGUCAUAUGGAUCUCAUGCCUCGCAAGAUUUACUCUACUGCAGAGAAACUAUGUCAUGUAUAUACCGGAUGGAUGUCAGGAAACGUCACAUGGGAUAUGCAAUCGGCAAUACCCAAGGGUGCAACCCUCCUUGGCACCAUUCUCUCCUCUGACAAGACGAACAUCACUGCAUUAACAGGGGAUCAUGUAACUCAUCCGCUCCUAAUUAGCCUCUCCAACAUCCAUAUGAAUGUACACUUGAAAUCAUCAACCAACUCUUUCGUUCUCACUGCCCUGUUACCAGUCCCCAAGUUCAUUCACAAGAAAAAUCGGUAUUGCUUCACUGCUCUCAUGAGCUAUAUCACCGACACCCCCGAGGCCAUGAUGCUGGCAGUCAUUGGUGGAAAAACAUCGCCAGUGAUGAUGGCAAUGUAUAAGCAGUUCAGGGAUGCAUUCCAUCAUGAACCCCAGACAAAAUCAAUGAUGAUUGCACAGCUCGCUGUUGUGUGCUCACGUGCUGAUCCUAAUGAUCUUGAGGCAUAUUUCCAUAAGGCACAUAAAUUCUGA